AUUGCUACAACACUUCUUUCUUUUUCCUUUCCUGCAUGCAAUGAACGAAGGACAAAAGCUGCACUGGCCGGCAAAGAGAGUGAUCCCCGGAGGAUGACGGCAGACGCCGACGGAGGGAUCUUCCCGGUGGUAGCGCCCGAGAAUGUCGGGAACGGCCGCCGGAGAAGGUUCAAGAUCAGGAAAGCUCACCGGGACGGCCAUCGGCGCGCGCAGAAGAGAGACCAGGUCGCGAAACCCCACCCAGAUGAGGAGGAGAAGCCGAUCGAGAUAUCGCUUUCGUUCUCUUCCUCGUCGUCGGAGGACGACGGGGUUCUGGCGGGCGAGGAGGAAGACGGAGCCCGCGAGAAGAGAAGCCCGCGCCCGAUCAAUCACGGGUCGCUCUCGGUGAUAGGCAGGAGGAGAGAGAUGGAGGACGCGGUGAGGGUGGAGCUAGGGUUCGCCAAGAGGCUGAGGGCGGGCGAGUCGUACGAUUUCUUCGGGGUCUACGACGGGCACGGCGGGGCGCGGGUGGCGGAGGCGUGCAGGGAGACGAUGGCGGGGUGCUUCGGGAAGAUGGACGGGGAGGUGACUAGCGGGGGCGCGGCGGAGGAGAUGAAGACGGUGGGGUCGACGGCGGUGGUGGCGGUGGUGGGGAGGGAGGUGGUGGUGGUGGCGAACUGCGGGGACUCGAGGGCGGUGUUGUGUAGAGGAGGUGUCGCUAUGGCGUUGUCUGAUGACCAUAAGCCUAAUAGGCCUGAUGAAUUGAAGAGAGUCGAAGAUGCCGGUGGACGGGUCAUUAACUGGAACGGGCACCGCAUUCUCGGCGUCCUCUCUACCUCGAGAUCAAUAGGAGAUCAAUAUCUGAAACCGUUCGUGAUCCCCGAACCAGAAAUCAACGUGAGCAGACGGACCGACGCGGAUGAAUUCCUGAUCCUGGCCAGCGAUGGCUUGUGGGACGUGGUCUCGAACGAGCUCGCGUGCCAGGUCGUGCACAGGUGCCUGGUGGGCCGGAUGAGGAGGAGAGCUCGGGAGGGCAGUGCGAUCGAGAACCGUGCUGCCGAGGCGGCGGUCAUGUUGGGGGAGCUCGCGAUGGCACGGGGAAGCAAGGAUAACAUCAGCGUGAUCGUGGUAGAGCUCGCCGGCCCGAGCUAGCAGUAAACCUUAUAUCAUCGAAGUGGAUAUGUUGUGUUCUUCGUUGAUACAACUAUGGACAUGCUGGUCGAUCAUUGUUUAAAAGGUUGCCUUCUCUGGGGCGACACUUG